CCCCACUCAUCUCAUUGCUGCCCAACUGCCCAACUGCCCGACUGCCCAAUUGCCCCUCUCCACUCGACGCAUACAACAUACAACACACACCUCACCAUCCUCGAAGACGAUCGCCGUCGCAUUGACUCGCCUACCAACCCUCACCAUCCAACCAAUCCACCCAACAACCCAACCCUUAGUCAUCACCAUCACCCUCAAUCCCACCAUGUCGUCCUCACGGCGACACGUCGUCCGUCCCGUCAUCGUCGAAGUCCAACCCACCAACCUCACUCCCUCCACAACCCUCCCUACUACACCCACCUCACCCUCCACCAAAGCCGUCCGCUUCGCUCCUUCCUCCAACAACGCCGUCUCCCGUCCUCUCUCCCAAACCGAAGCCUGGUCCCUCUACCACUUCGAACACCACGCCCGCCACUGCCCAUCAUGCCACUCUCCACACAACGUCUUCCUGCGAGGAGAUAGCCUCUGUUCCAUCGGUCUGGGUCUCGCUCAGGAUGUCGCGUACCACGUCUACCACCUCGAUGGGGAAUUCUACUCCACCACCGCAUCCAAGGACGAUGGAGCCAAGCUCGUCCGCGUCGAAAUCCCCGCGCCGUACACCAACCUGCGAGGUCUCCUCCGUUCCAUGGACUAUGCCUUGAGGCAGCGACGACAGAGACACACCACUCGCCCGGUACCCAUCAUCAGCUAUGACCGGUCCUACCCCAUCCCAGCCCGUCGUCCUUCCAACGAAACCACCGAACGCGCACAAGUCAUCGUGGAACCCGCCUCAUCGCCACGGAAAAAGUCUCACCGGCACCACUCCAAACACAAGUCCUCCUCCUCCGACCGGCGCUACUCCACCGUCAUCGUCGACUCCCUCAACGACGACGAAGCAGUCGACAGCGCGUACGAGGAUACAGAUUACUUCCCGAAGGCUCCUUCAUACCCCACCUCACCUCCGGACACUACCCGGAGAUCCGCACCACAAUACUACGAACCCGAACCUUCUCAACGACGACGGGAGAGCUACCGCACAGAGAUACGUGAACCUCCUCUUUCUUCUCCCACCACCGCAGAUGUUCCUCGAAAGGACUCUUCGCGACGGAAGAAGAGGGAGGAAGGAAGGAGGGAGAGACCGACGACCAUGUUUUGGGAUUGAUUGGUUUUGGGAAUGUUGAUUUGAUUGAUUGAUUGUUCGAUGAUGAUUUUGGAAUUUACGAGGGAAUGC